ACAACCGUGCGUACAGUGUUGCCUUGUUUAUCAGGAAGGUGGGGUAAAGACCCAUUCCACCAUGGAGGUCACCCGUUCAUCAUGCACUUCUUCCGUGUUGUCUCAAGGCCCUUGGAGCCCCAUUAAGGUUAUCUAUACUGACCCCAUGUUGGGGGUCCAUGCACGAGCUGCAUGUCGGGGGCGUCCCCACCAUUUCCCCGCGCUGUAGGCGCUAUUGGUUCUAAGGUCAAGGUCCCUUCAUUUUCCAGUUUACUUCCAGUCGUCGGGCAAAAAACAACUGUGACUGGACAUCUUGACCUUUUUAAGAUGAGGCCCAUCUUCAUAUCCGGAUUCUCGGACACUCUGGAUUGGAGGCCCCUGUACUUCGAAGAGUCCUCCGCUGCACACAAUGCAUGCUCCCUGUGUGGCCUGGUGUCGAGAAAUGUUCUCAGAUUGCCCUGUGAGCACACGCUCUGCUUGGAAUGUCACGAGGAGUCCCAGAGGCGAGGUAGUACUUGUCCACUGGAUGAGGAACCCUUUGAAGACGAUAACAUUGUUCACCUUGAUAUCUCAGGAGGUUAUAUGCUGAAGCGUACGGUAGCCUGCGUCAAUGCACCCAAUGGUUGCGACUUCAUCGGUCAAGCUUCCAGACUCGUGGAUCACUACAAGCAGUGCUCGUUUCACGUCGUGCCUUGCCCCAGGUGCCAAUCACCAGUGCUAAGGACUGAGCUCGUGGGUCACUGUAAAGGCGGCUGCAGUUCUGCGUCCACUACACCCGUGCCCAUUCCGUAUUAUAUAAACGUGAAUUAUGAUCAUUUAGAAAUUACAAGCAGUGAACUGAAAAGAGAGAUGUUCAAGAUAUCCCAAAAUCUCUCUUGUCUUCAAACCGGCCUCAACCAGUGGUUUGAGGAAGUCCGUACAUUGGAGAAAAACACAAACAAGGAACUGAAUGACGCAGCACUCAAGAUCUCUGACCAUCUCUCCGGUCUGAACAGCUCUCUGGAACAGUCCCGGGAAGAUGGGAGGGAAGCAGCCAGAAACACCAAAGAGCAGUUGGAAGCUCAAUCGUCGAGACUUUCCGAGCAGUUGGACCGAAUCGAAACUAAAAGUUUUGCUGCAGCAAACAAAGAACUAAAAGUUGCCAUUGAAGACACAAUGAAGACACACAUGGCUCAGGAACUACGUGCACAAAGCGAAGAACUCAUGAAUGGUCUAUCCGAGUACGUACUUAGAUAUUGCGGACCCAUGAAAUUCCACUGGUACUUUCAAGGCUGGGAAGACUUAAAAAAGAGUGCAUUAGACGCAACGCAUGGCGCUUGCAGCCCCUUACAGUAUGUAUUUGGCUAUAAUGUGGGCAUCUAUAUCCAGCUGAAAAAAGAGGAGGGGCAGAUGAUUUUUGGGUUUUUUAUCCGUAUUUAUCCAGGCGUCAACGAUUCAAAGCUGGAAUGGCCCUUCAGCAAGACUUACACGCUCGGUGUCAUUCAUCCCAAAGACAAAGUGAAAAGAAAGAUUGAUGUAACCGAUGCAAGUAAAUAUUCGGACCAGACGAGCUUCCAGAUGCCAGAACAAGACGGUAAUGCUGGUUUUGGAAGAAGGAAUUGGAGUACCGCUAACGUGCUCGAAGGGGAAGGGUUUGUUAAUGACGAUGCACUUCACUGUUUUCUCCAAGUUGAGCCGUAGUGUUUUUUUUGUUU